UCAUCUACCGCCAUAACGACAUGGACGACCUUGAGGCCAAGCUGGCCAGCGUCCCGCUCGACACACCCAAGAUCAUCGCAUUCGAGAGCGUCUACUCGAUGUGCGGCACCGUCGGUCCUAUCGAAAAGACAGUCGAGCUUGCCGAAAAGUACGGCGCCAUCACCUUCCUCGAUGAGGUCCACGCCGUCGGCAUGUAUGGCCCCCGCGGCGCCGGCGUCGCCGAGCAUCUGGACUGGGACGUGCAGGCGAUCCUGUCGACGCCGGGCGCUACUGCUGCUGCUCCAGCACAGCGCACGCUGAUGGACCGCAUCGACAUCAUCAGCGGCACGCUCGGCAAGGCGUUCGGCAACGUCGGCGGGUACAUUGCCGGCUCGCACCGCUUCGUCGACCUGAUCCGCUCCUACGCGCCGCAGUUCAUCUUUUCCACUACACUGCCGCCUCACGUGCUGACCGGCGCGCGCACGGCCGUUGAAGUGCUGAUGGAGGCGAACGAAUCGCGCGUCGUGCAGCAGCUCCGCACGCGCGAGCUCAAGCACGCCCUGCACGCCGCCGGGAUUCCACUGCAGCAUAACCCUUCGCACAUCGUCCCCGUGCUUGUCGGCUCCGCCGAGAAGGCAAAGCGCGCGAGCGACAUGUUGCUUGAAGUCCACCAGGCCUACGUGCAGCCGAUCAACUUCCCAACCGUCGCGCGUGGCCUUGAGCGCCUGCGCAUCACGCCGACGCCCUGGCACACAUCGGGCGACGUGCGCACGCUCGUCGCCGCGCUCGACGACGUCUGGUCCACGCUCGGCCUCCGUCGCGUACACGACCUGCGC